CGGCGGCGAGGCCGGGCCGGGCCGGGCCGGGCCCGGUGCUCAAUCAUGGAGUUCCCUUUCGACCUGGCCCCGGUGCUGGGCGAUCGCUUUUGUGUAGUGGAUCAGCACCUGCGGCCCGCGGGGCGCGGCGGCACCGUCAAACGGGAGGAGCUGGAGCAGCAGCUGAGGACGGUGAUCGAUGAACUGGGCAAGGCCUCGGCCAAGGCCCAGGGCCUCUCCACCCCCGUGACCAGCGCGGCCCGAAUGGAGAGCAACCGGCACGUGCUGUACAUCCUGAGGGACACCCGCUCCCCCAAAGGCUCCGUGCUGGGAUUCCUCAAGGUUGGCUACAAGAAACUUUUCCUGCUGGACCGGGAUGGGUCCCACGUGGAGGUGGAGCCUCUUUGUGUCCUGGAUUUUUAUAUCCACGAAUCCCAACAGCGCCGGGGGCUGGGCAUGGAGCUCUUCAGGGAGAUGCUGCAGCGGGAGAGGGUGCAGCCUGAGAAGUUGGCAGUGGACAGACCCUCAGAGAAACUCCUGGGGUUCCUCAGGAAACAUUUUGGGCUCUCUGACCUCAUCCCACAGGUGAACAAUUUUGUCAUCUUUGAGGGAUUUUUCUCCACCAGAACUGCCCCUGCCCGGCGCUCGUUGCCGCGGCCGCGGCCGGAGGAGCCGAUCAAACCGUACUCACUGAGCGAGAGAGACUUCCUGCGGGAGGAGCCCGAGCCCCCCUGGCCCUUUAACCUGUCCCGGGGGUCCCCGGUGCGGGGCAGCCUCCGGCCCUUCCUGCUGCGCCGAGACAGCCCCGGGGGCGGCCCCCAGCCCCACCCUGAGCCACCCCCGCGCCGGGCCAGCUCCCUGGGACGUGUCGGCCGCUGA